AUGUCCACAAGGCCACCUUCUCGCGUUGUCUUUGUCGGCAACAUUCCCUAUGGUCUCACCGAGGAACAAAUUACCGAUAUCUUCAGUAGUGCUGGCAAGGUCGAGCGUUUCCGCCUCGUUUACGAUUCUGAGACUGGCCGACCCAAGGGUUUUGGUUUCGCAGAUUACCCCGAUACAGACUCUGCCUCUUCCGCUGUCCGCAACUUGAACGAUUAUGAGAUUAUGGGCCGAAAACUUCGCGUCGAUUUCAGCAACGAACAAAAAAGCAGUGAUGACGACAAGGACCAAGGCACAUCCGGCUACAACGCACACGCUUCGAACGGCGCGGCACCCAGCUACAAUGCACAGCCCAGCACGCUUCCUCCUCUGCCCGCUGGAAAGGAGCUACCACCUGGCGUUACUUGCACCGAUGCUAUUUCACGAACACUCGAAACCCUACCUCCUCCUCAGCUUCUCGACAUUCUUUCCCAGAUGAAAACUCUCGCAACCACAGAGCCGCAGCGAGCUACCGAGCUUCUGCAACAAGCGCCACAACUGGGAUACGCUGUGUUCCAGGCUCUGCUCCUCAUGGGUCUUGUUUCACCUGAGGCGAUCCAGUCUGUUGUUGAGCCUGGAGCGCCGCCUCCGGCUGCUUUCCCUCCUGCCCCCAUGCCUGGCUUCCCCGGUGUGAGUAACACUCCACCUGUGGCUGCUAUGCCGUACCAAGCACCACCUCAGCCUUACGCUGCCCCUCCUGCUGCCGCCCCCGCGCCAGUUGCGCAAGACCAGGAAGCCCUGAUGCGCGCAGUCAUGGAGCUUCCUCAGGCCCAGAUUGAUAUGCUUCCCGAGGCAGAGAGGCAACAGAUUCUAGCUCUCCGAGCUAGCUUUGCCGGACAGCGGAGGUAA